UGGAAAUCAGCUGUUCUCCAAAUCAAUCUCCAAGCAUACACGUCUUGAUGCACGUAGAUGGUCAAUGUUGUCUAACAUUCACUUUCAGAGCUCAUGCGUCAUCGCCAUUGAUAUUCCUUUCUCGUGCAAGUGGAUUGAUUUUUUUGGCAUUAUAUACGCUUCAUUGGGCGUAAGUGAUUGUGAACGUGACAUACGUAUUUCAUAUGUAUUUCAAGCAUGUCCUCCACCGGUUAUCAUCAAUGACGAUUCUAGCUUGAUGUUUUAUUUGCAAAUUAAAAGCAUUCAAUCGGACUUCAAUAAGCUUCCUCUGUGUGUAGAGUUUGUUCAACCGUUUCAAGGAUGUACUGAAAGUGUGCCAAACACGGUUAAUUACUCCAUUUUAGAUGAUGAAGUUUUGGAUGUCUUGGAGGAUUCUGAAUUAUUGGCAUCAGCAGAUGAACAAACAAUGCACUCUAGUGAUGUUUUUUGUCCCUCAUCCAGCAUUGAGUACUCUGAUUUAGGCCCUUUGUCUUUUGAUGAAGAUGUUAACAAUGAUGAUUUAACAUCUUCAUUUGAGGUUCCUUUCAUAUCUUUUGUCCCCCACUUUGACCCCACCCAUCUUGAUCUGGACGCAAUAUAUAAAAACAAGAAGGAGUUUAGUUUUAAUUUGAAGGUGUAUGCAAUUACUAAUUUUUUCCAAUACUGAACAAAGUCAUCGGCUCCUAAGGUGUUACAUGUCAUUUGUUUGGAUCCUGAUUGUCAUUGGCUGUUCGGGGAGUGCGUUUGGAUGAAAGUGGCUUGUUUCAAGUGCGUGGAUUAGUUGUUUUUGUAUCUUUGCUAAUGAUUUGAUAACGAUCAUACUUGUUCCAUUGAUAUUAGACAAGCUAAUAGUCGUCAGGCGUCUUCCUCUCUUAUUGCUGAACUCAUCAAGCAUGAAUAUGAUGACUUGUCUAAAAGAGCUUACACACCUCAGUCAAUCAUUACAGAUAUGCGAAGAUUCCAUGGAAUUGUGAUGUCAUAUAAAAAGGCUUGGUUUGCAAGGGAAAUUGCAUUGCAAUUGUCUCGGGGAUCUGAAAAGGAGUCAUACUGUGACACC